GACGUACAUAAGAAGAGUCAACUCUCAGUGGGCACUGGGCGAGAGACAGAAGAAUUGGCUUCUGUGUGUGUGUGUGUGUGUGUGUGUGUUUCCAGCGGACGGUGAUUAGUGUGUCCGCGCAUUUGUUUUGGCUGGAGAUGGCGAGCGGCUCGUCGGUGUAAUUCUCGGGCCGCCCCGUUAGCGGAUGCACUUCAGCGCGGCCGCUAACGGCCUCACGACGCAUUGACGCCUCGUGCUUUGAGCGGCGACACGGUUCCCGUCCACCAGGACGGCGGCGGCGGGACGCUGUAGAGUUUGUGUGGUUGUGUUUGAGUCUUCCUCUUUAAUAUAGAAGAAGUAUUGAUAUUUUGACAACGCCAAAGAGAAUAACCCGCGCUGCGGUACGUCGACUUAUCUGACGUGUAACUGUCAGCGCUCCAUUGUCAAGUCAACCUCUUGGUUCCUGUUAUGUAAAACCUUCACGACGCAACACACCGAUGUAUUUGUGUAUUUGUAGCUCGGUUCCCCCUUUUUUCUUUUUCAGUUUCGGGAUCUCGGGCCAAGAGCUCUGUCGGCGUUGAGAGAGACGUCGAGGUCGUGAUGCAUUCUUCGAGAUAACCUCUCGAGAUCGUUUCAGAACCGUCUCUCAAUCUGAGAGCACUAUCCCACCGGAGAAGCACUCUGUGGGCCGGCGGUCGGAGGAAGCGGCGGCGCCCCGCUCCGAGUGUUCAGUGUGAGAGACGGAUGAGGAGCGCACAACGAGAGAGCGAAGGGCUGCCUUAUUAGGACGGCUUCCAACAGCUGAGACGGGAUGUGACACGCUGGAUCUCACCCUCUGGAAUAACGGACGCAUUCCUUGUGAUGCGGACAUAGAGCGGCUGACGCUGAACGAGGGCUACAUCAACGGAACACAUCAUUUCAGGAUGGACCCUGGUCAGGUGGUGCAGGAGACAUACACGGUGGAGGAAGAUCCCCAGGAGGCGCCACCUGUUGUCUCCGUGGAGACCGGUGAAGAUGGGACCACGCGGCGCACUGAAACCACGGUAAAGAAAGUCGUCAAGACCACCACCACCCGCACGGUCAUCCCCUCUGUGUCGGACACACUUUCCCUGGAUGGCGGGGGCUCGGUGACGGGCAUGGGGGGGGGCUACCCCCCACCUAUGCUCUACAGACAGGCGCCCGGCGUCGGCGUGCCCAUGGACUACCCCACGCACACCGUGCCCCGCAACUACCAGUACGGACCGCCGGUGGGUUACGACGACUACCGCACCGGGCCCCCGUCGGAGGCCUCCUACACCAGCCUGAGCAGAGGAGCUCGCAUGGAUGACCGCUACAGACCGGUCCAUCAAGACGUUUACAGGACUCUGGAUCCGAGCUACAGGGCCCCCAGCAGGAACCAGCUGGACCCGUAUGCCGCUCAGCCACAGGUUGGGCGUAUGGGAAGUGCCAUGGAGCUGUCCGCCAUGACGAGGUUCAUCCCCGAGCCGUACGGUCUGGAGGACGACCAGCGCAGCGUGGGCUACGACGAGCCCGACUACGGCAUGGGGGGACACCCGAUGCACUACAGCACCAUGCCGCACAACCACAAUGCAUUCCCCCACGGGCCCCCACGCAGGACCGGGAGCUACGAGGGCACCUUGGAUGGCGACAUGAGCGGCCCGGGGGACAUGUACUUUUGGGGAGGCGCGCCGCUGGCCCAGGGGGAGAGGGGCAGCAUGGCGUCAUUGGACAGCACUUUAAGGAAAGGCCCCGGCCCCAGUGGCUGGCGUCAACCGGAGCUGCCCGAGGUCAUCGCCAUGCUGAACUACAGGCUGGACCCGGUCAGGAGCAACGCCGCCGCAUUCCUGCAGCAUCUCACCUACAAGAACGAUAAAGUGAAGUGUGAUGUGCGUCGAAUGAAAGGCAUCCCGGCGCUGGUCUGUAUGCUCGACAACCCGAACAAAGAGGUUCACUAUGCAGCCUGCGGAGCCUUGAAGAACAUCUCGUACGGCAAAGAUCAAGACAACAAGAUCGCCAUCAAGAACUGCGACGGGGUUCCCGCUCUGGUCCGGCUGCUGAGGAAGACCCGAGACCAGGACCUCACGGACACCAUCACAGGCACGCUGUGGAACCUUUCGUCUCACGACUCCGUGAAAAUGGAGAUCGUGGACCACGCGCUGCACGCCCUCUCCGACGAGGUGAUGGUGCCCCAUUCGGGCUGGGAGCGAGGGUCCAACGGGGCGGGGGGCAGAGGAGAGGAGAACUGCAAGCCCAGGCAUCUCGAGUGGGAGACCUCCCUCACCAACACGGCCGGCUGUCUACGAAAUGUGAGUUCGGAGCGAAGCGAGGCGAGGAGAAAGCUGAGGGAGUGCACGGGAUUGGUCGAUUCUCUCAUGUACAUCGUCCAAUCCCAGAUUGACUUUAAAGAAGUCGACAAUAAGUUGAUAGAGAACAGCGUGUGUCUGCUGAGGAACUUGUCCUAUCAGGUGCAUCGUGAAAUCCCCGGCUGCGAGCGCUACCAGGAGGCCGCGCCCCUCAACCAAGGCCCCGCCCCCUCCGGCCAGAAGGGCGGCUGCUUCAGCUCCCGCAAGAGCAAAGAUGAGUGGUUUUCCAAAGGUCGAAAAGAUGAAGAUGCAGCCGCAGACAUAAUAGACAUUCCAAAGAGGACCGCGCCGGCUAAAGGCUAUGAGCUGCUGUUCCAGCCGGAGGUGGUCCGCAUCUACACCUCCCUGCUGAAGGAGUCCAAGAACCCCACUGUGCUGGAGGCCUCGGCCGGAGCCGUUCAGAACCUGUGCGCCGGACGCUGGACCUACGGGCGGUACAUCCGCGCCCUGCUGCGCCAGGAGAAGGGUCUGCCCAUGAUGACCGAGCUGCUGGCCCACGGCAACGACCGCGUGGUGCGCGCCAUGUCCGGCGCCCUGCGCAACAUGGCCAUCGACGCGCGCAACCGAGAUCUACUAGGUAAACACGCGGUGCCUCACCUGGUGGCCAACCUGCCCGGCGGCGGUCAGAGUCAGCCGGUGCGAGCGCUGUCGGAGGAGACGGUGGUGUCGGUGCUGAGCACGCUGCACGAGGUGCUGGGCUCCAGCCUGGAGGCCGCCAAGACCCUCAGGGCCUCGCAGGGCAUCGAGAGGCUGGUGCUCAUCAACAAGGACGGUAAUCGUUCUGAGCGCGAGGUGCGCGGCGCCGGCCUGGUGCUGCAGACGGUGUGGGGCUACAAGGAGCUGCGGCGCACUCUGGAGAAGGACGGCUGGAAGAAGACGGACUUCAUGGUCAACUUGAACCCGCCGGGCAACAACGCCAGAGCCAACGGCGGCUACGAGGACAGCACCCUGCCGCUCAUCGACAAAGGAGGCAAAGGGGAACGGGAUAUGAUCCCAAUGAAUGACAUGGGACCAGAUGCCUACUCCACACUGGACCAGAGGGUGAGAAGGAACAUUUUGGAUAACACACUCGAACCUGCUGACAAGAAUGCAGUACAGGGAGGGAUGUAUGGGGAGAGGCAGGCCGCUUUGCCUCUCAUGGAUUCCUACGAUGGUUAGGCCACACCCACUGUCACACUGCAUGUCAGCGCAUGAAAAUCUGAUAGUGUGCAUCACGAGACGACAACCUCCUCCCACCUACUGCCCUUGCUGAACUGACUACGGCGUAUCGAUCGGGGACUGAACGCCAUCCUUCGUAUCCCCCUCUUCACGCAGCCUCUCUUCUCUCUCUUUCACUUUGUUACAUUCCUCCAUUGCAGCUGACAAACUAAUGGAAACCACUCGGAGAAAGAAAGAAAAAAACUGACUUGGAUCUGCGCUCUCGCCCCCUAGUGGACAACCGUGGACGAGACACUAUGACCACUUUGUGCUCUGCAAGUCCCUGAACUCGAAAACAAAUAAAUUCUAACCACUCAAGUGAAGACCCCGGGGGCCACAACACUACAUCUCCACGCUAGGACACUACAACUACGACACUAAUUCUCUCUCUUUUUGACGAAAAAGCAAGAGAUUGUGGCUUUUUUUCUAUUUCUCCGAGGUGGGAAAUUAGACUUAAAUUAGAAAGUCGGGAUCAGAACAGGACACUUUACGUUGAAAUGUCGCAUACACAUAAACUCGAGGGCAUGCGUCCUUCUCUCUCUCUCAUUAUCGGUUAAAUACACACACACAAAAAUGAUGUUUUCCUCCCACUGAUCUAAUCAGAUACGUGUAAAAGCUUCUGCCUCUGUUUUUCGGGUAGUGGUAGUUCCUCUUCUCGCUUCUGCUCUGUACCACAUGUACAUUGUGCCAAAGGACACUGCUGCUGCUGCCAAUUACCGAACGCCAGAGCGCCACUCGACUUGUACAGCAGCUACACUGAAAAGGCUGUGCAGCCCGUCUCGGGUCGGACCGCCCGGCAACAAGAUGCAUGGGGGACGCUGCCGUUUGUUUCUGUAUUUGAUUGUGAUCCACGAAUAUAUUUAAAAAAACAACAACAAAAAAAGGGUGUGGCGGUUUCAGCAUCGAGAAAUAGAGGAUAGAGUCUGUUUAUGUUAUUGUAAGCCCCGCCCCCGCAACAUUUGUAAUUCUUAGGAGGUAUCACAGGAUUUUUGGGGUCUGUUUACUUGUCAUCAAAUGUGUACAUAGACCAAACAGCAUCCGUGUGGGCUAACUGGAGUGCCUCGCUCAUUCAGGAGAGGUCUGAUGGGCGUGCCCGACACGGCAUGAGUGACCAAUCACGGUGUCUCUUUCUUCUUCUUCUUCUUCUACAGCGGGUUACCAGUUGAUAAAUACUGUAUAUGGAACUCAUCAGUUUUCUAUUCUGCAAAAAAAUAAUAUAAUAAUGUGACCGUGUACGUAUGUAAAACUGGAUUCUCGUAAAUGGAAUUGGUUGUUUUUUAAAAUAAGAUAUAUAAAACUCUUGAGUUCUGUAUAACUGACUUGCUUCUCAAACCCCGUAGCCGAGCUGGCUUUAAGACUACAGAACAGUACGCGGGAGAAGACGGCGCAGUGUUGUCUGUUUGGGGGGUUUUCCCCCCAAAUUUCAUAAGUACAGUUCUGCUUGUUCUGUAGAAGAAUACUUUAUUCUUAGUGCCGAGUGAGAUGUAGAUACUUACUGAGUGGAUGAUUAAAAGAAGCACUAGGGGAGGGUAUAUUGUGUUUUUCUUUCUUUUUUUGUUACCUUUAAAAAAAAUGUGUUUGUUAUACAUCCCCAAUUGAAACGGACAGGAGGGUGCCUCUUUUUCUCAAAGUAACGAGUUGCCUUCGAGAAUGGACUGACUAAAAAAAGAAAGAAGAGGAGAGCAAGUGUAAGAAGGCAUAGACCAGAAUUUUCUAUUGGAAAAAGUGGAGAAAAAAAUAAAUAAAAGCACAUUAAAAAUUAUAUACAAGAGUAUAUUUGUUAAUUUUAAUGGUUUAAAAUAUGUCUUACUUUUUCUUUUAUAUAUAUAUAUUGAUUUGGGUUAAAUUGUUUUUGGGUGCUCUUGGUGAAUGCAUAUGCAAUCCGCUUUAUCUUUUUGAUUGAAAACAUUCAGUCUGUAAUCUCAAAUUAAAUGUAAAACAAGUUAAAACUAAACACAAAUCAUCCGACAGUCAUCAGAUUACUGGAAACAUUAAAUCUCAUUCUGGACUACACCUUAAUCUCUUUGCCUUGGCUCUUAGAAAGUUGCACAUUCUCAUUUACGAAUCAUGUAACUAGCAAUACUGUUUUUAAUAAAAAAGAAAAUGAUUUUUCAGAGUU